AUGGAAGCUGAGUCUGCCUCCGACUCCAAUCAACCAGGCCCGUCCAAUAAGAGGAUCCGUGAUAAAGACGAUAACAGUGGUGAAGACGGCGCUCUCAUCGACUUCAUUCAUAUGUCAACAUCUCAAACCCGUGGCCACGAAAAUGCAUUCAUUGAUGAAAACCAAGAUAAUCACAAAAAGAAAAAUGAUGGUUGCUCCAAGUGCCACAAAACCAUGCAGGGCAAGGCGUGUUUGAAAUGCCAAGACGGAUGUCUAAAAUGGUGGCAUACAGAGAAGAUGACGACGAAGACAAUCAAGAUGUCGCUGGACCCUCGAAGCGCACCGAGGGCCAUUAGUGCCGAUUUUCUGUUUCUUCGCUUUAUUUCUCUCUUUCGCCAUUUUUUUGGUAUUCUCUAUUGGUGGGUAUUGACUCUUUGCAGAGACAACGAAUUCUUCUUUAUUUCAUUUGCCUUUGUU